GGUCGCGUGGAUUCGCAGCCCGAGUCCUCGCUAUAUAUACUCCCCGCUCCUCAACCUCAUCGCUCCUCAUCUCCACUUCGUAAAAAAAAACAAAAAAAAAUUCAAAAUCCUUGCCUGCUCCUUCCGAUUCCUCACUGAAACAACCGAAGAAACAAAUGGCUCUUCCGAACCAGCAAACGGUGGAUUACCCUAGCUUUAAGCUCGUGAUCGUCGGGGACGGUGGCACAGGGAAGACGACAUUCGUCAAGAGGCAUCUUACCGGGGAGUUUGAGAAGAAAUACGAACCUACCAUUGGUGUUGAAGUCCAUCCCUUGGAUUUCCACACCAAUUGUGGAAGGAUCAGAUUCUACUGCUGGGAUACUGCUGGGCAGGAGAAGUUUGGUGGGCUUCGGGAUGGAUACUACAUACAUGGUCAAUGUGCAAUCAUCAUGUUUGAUGUUACUGCUAGGCUUACAUACAAGAAUGUUCCCACAUGGCACCGGGAUCUCUGCCGGGUGUGUGAGAAUAUUCCUAUUGUUCUUUGUGGAAACAAAGUUGAUGUAAAGAACAGGCAGGUGAAAGCGAAGAUGGUCACAUUCCACAGGAAGAAGAAUCUCCAGUACUAUGAAAUUUCUGCUAAGAGCAAUUACAAUUUUGAGAAGCCUUUCCUCUAUUUGGCAAGAAAGCUUGCCGGGGAUCCGAAUCUUCACUUUGUUGAGUCACCUGCUCUUGCACCUCCUGAGGUUCACAUUGACCUAGUUGCACAACAUCAGUACGAAGCUGAGAUAGCCGCUGCAGCAGCGCAACCUCUUCCUGACGACGAUGAUGAUGCAUUUGAUUAAGCGUAUAUUUCAGGCGCCGAACAUACAUAUUCGAAAGGCGUUCAACACUCGGAAAAUAUCCAUUGGAGUACCUUUGUAUGUGUAACUCCGAGUAUAGUCGUCUUGGAGUCUGAAGGGAAAUUUUAGUUGGGACCUGCUCUUUUAGAUGCUGUCUUGGUGUUUUAGUUUCUGUCUCUUUUAAAUGUUCUUUGGAAUGUUUAUUUCUCUACUAAAGCUGAAGAGUGCCUUCAGCAUGCUAUUUUCCUGAUUGUUAUCGUACUUCUCCGUGAGAUCAAUUAUUAUCGCAACUGAUUCUGGAUUUUCA